CUUUCCAAAAAAUUUCGGCUGGGUGGGGAUCCUAUUUAACAGUGAUUUCAGUGUUCUGGUCUCUGCCUCUCCCAAUACACACAGUCACACAGUUUAAUACACAUCUCUCUCUCUGUAUUCGCAUUAUAUAUAUUCGAUUUCUCUGGAGCUGAAUCCCGGAUACCACCCUUUUCUUCUUCCUUCCUGUUAUUUCCCCAGAGAGGAAACUGGUGAGAUUCUUUAUACUGAAAGGAGUGUAAUAACAGAACCAGAUUUUUAAGGUUUUUGGUUUUCCCCGGUUUGAUUCCUCCGACCAAAUUCAAAGUAACCACCUUUUAAUCUCUUUUUCAUCCCUUCUAUUUGCGUGCGUGUGUGUGCGUGUAAGCUUCCAGCAUUGGUAUUAAAACUCAUCUUCUUUUGAUAAAAACGCAAGAAGGUAAUCUUUUUGUCAGAAAGUUUUUUUUUUCCUUUUUUGGGAGAAGAGGAGGAGGAGGAGGUAUAGGAUCAGCGUGUCUUUGAUUCGCUCUGCCUUUGAAGCUUCUCUUUGACGGUUUUCUCAUCACUUUCUCCCUCUUUAUUACUCAGUCACUCCUUAGUGUCGCUCCCCAAAGCAAUCAACCUUUACCUUCACGCUCUCUCUCUCUUUUUUAAUUUUUAUUAGACUUGUUCUUUUAUGUGGUCUUCGAUUUGGUCUUCAAUUCAAAUACAAAGACAACCAGAAUUGAUAAGCUUGUUUGAAAACAGAGUAAACAAUAUUAUUCUCAAAUUUGGGUGAAUCAUGGAUGGAAGUUUCUUAUGUCCGAUUAAAUACACGGAGCACGUAAGCCUCACUAAGAAAGUGUACAAGUCCAAAAAAUCAUCUGCCGACCGCAAGUAUCCGGUUGCUGCUCCUCCUAAGACUGUCCGGAUAUCCGUUACCGACCCGGAUGCCACUGACUCUUCCAGCGACGAAGAAGAUGAUCUUUUCGGACUCGGGCGACAGCGGGUCAAGCGUUACAUCACCGAAAUCAGAAUCGAAUCACCCAAUGUUACUAACACCGCCGUCACCGCUGCUCCGGCCAAGAAGAAGACUGCUGACUCCCUCCAGCCUAAGCAGAAGCCGAUGAAGGUGAAGGAGCCACCAGUUCCGGCGGCGGGUACCGGUAGAAAGUUCCGGGGUGUACGGCAGAGGCCUUGGGGAAAAUGGGCCGCCGAAAUCAGAGACCCGGCCCGGCGGGUUCGUCUGUGGUUGGGCACUUAUGACACGGCGGAGGAGGCUGCCAUGGUCUACGACAACGCUGCCAUUAAGCUUCGUGGGCCUGAUGCUUUGACCAACUUCAUCACUCCUCCGACCAAGAAAACGGAGGAAACCACCACCUCCGGGUACGACUCCGGCGAGGAGUCUCACAAUCUUUCUUCCCGCGUUUCCUCCCCGACAUCGGUGCUCCGAUUCAGAAGCAGUACUACUCAGUCUAGCGAGGAGGCUGAGCCAACCUGCGGGUCAGAGGGUCGGGCUACGGAUUCGGUGGAUGAACAAACGGGUCACGAGGAGGCUGACCGUUGGCAAGAACAAGAAGAAGGCGUCGUCGGCGGCGUCCCGGAAGUGGUGGAGGAAUGCCAAGAUGAAACGUGUUUCAUCCCAGAUUACUCCAGCGAAUACAUGCCAAUGGACAUUCCCUUUUUAGACAACUUCUUCAACUUCCAAUCGCCGGAGCAUUUAACAUUUGACGAUCAUACCGCCAGCGCCAAGACGGCGGCGGCGGCGGCCGACACGACGGCGACAACCUCCCCGUGUCUUACAACAGACAGCAAUAACUACUUCGAUGAUAUGAUGCGUGACAUGGGGUUGGACAUGUCGUUUGAUGAUGACGUGCCGGUGCUGUUUGAUGACUUGUCAAGUAGUGAUGGUUUCGGGGAGUUUAAUGAUUCCUUCCCUGAAGAUCUUGGAACAAUGGAGCUCAACGUGGAUGAUUAUUUCCAAGAUUUCAACAUGAACAACGAUUUUGCCUGUGCCGAUGCUCUUUUAGCUAUCUGAAAUGCUGAUAAUAAGUAAUAAUAAUCAUUAUACUACUACUAGUAAGUUAGUAAUUAAUUGUAUAUCAACGAUGAGUACUUUGCUUGUUAAUCCCCUGCGUUGCCAAAUUCGUUUGCGGCAAAUUUUGUGCAUGGGCGAUUUUCCAUCCAAACGUGAUGUUAUUACGAAUUAAAUUAUUUCAUUUGUUUUACAUUAAUGUUGAGAAACAUGUAUAAGCAGUAAGAAGCUUAAGCAUUUCUCGAUCUGUUAAGCAGCCUUUGUUUGAUUGUAAAAACUAUCUCGCGGCGGAAUAUAAACCUCAU